AUGGGCCGAACAUUCAAGAAUAUAACCGUGAGCGUUACUGGUGAAUUUGGACCUAUUGCAGAUAAGUUCAAGAAGUGGGUUGAAGCCAACGGUGGAAGUUUCUCCAAGGAGGUCAACAGCGAGGUCACCCAUUUGCUAUCUACAAAAAGAGCCUUCAAGGCGAAUAACAACGCUGUACGAGCAGCUAAGCGCGUUAAGGGGCUAAAAAUAGUUUCUUCAGAUUGGUUGGAAGACUCUCUUUUGUCAAAAUCUCGACGCCCUAAGCGUGAAGGCCCAUAUCUAUGGUCUCAGUUGACUAAGAAAGCCAGAAAAGCAUCGUCUGGACGGAAGGAAGCGGACAAAGAUGCAAAUACAAAGCAGAUAAAUGGCAAUAAAGUGAAAAAGAAUUUGGAACUCGCUGGCCAUCAUAUAUACUCCGACGCAGCCGGGGUUCGCUAUAUAGCAACUUUAGUUCGACCAAUUGAAGCUUCAAAGGCAAAAGAAAAGCAUAUCUUGAAGCUCUAUGAAUCGGAUAGUACUCCACAAACCUACGCCGUCUUUGCAAAAUAUACCCGCCCAGGAAGAGUCGGGUCAGAUUAUAUAGUUCCCGUCGGGGGUCCUUUAUCCACCGCAAUAGAGAAUUUCGAUAAGUUCUUUCGCGCGAAGACAGGCAAGCCGUGGGAUAGAAGAGAUGGGCCGUCAAAGCCUAGGAACUCGGAUGGUGAAAUAGUGUCUCCUUGGGAGGACUGGUUUCAAUUUACUCCAGAGCCUUCACAGACUUCUACGCCCGCGAUUAAGGAAACAGAGACCAGUUGAUGUGAACUACCCGAGAAACAGUCCUGGAUUCGGAGGCAGAAUGCAUCAAUGCAACUAGGAUCGGAUAGUGUAUUCAAAGUCAGCAUCUCGAAAGUUUCAAUUUGAUCAUCAAACCUGUCAAUUUGUCUCAUAUUUCUCACAAUUAUUCACGUUCUACUAUGCCUGAGAUCAUGAAAACCUGAGAGAUAACGUAGAGUUGGUACUUUCUCGCCUUAUAAAGUAGUAGGGCCUAUAUCUACAAAGUUGUCAAAUUCAGAAGCUUGCGGUAGUUAAUGUCAAUUUGUAAACGAGUGUGGUGAAAUGCCGAAGCAUUUUCUCCUAAUCUAUUAAAUUAUCAUCCAUGUUUUUUUUUUUUU